AUGUUUUCCGCAUUCAGCACUCGAGGUCGCCUUCACAGGUCCAUGUCCUCUCGCUCAAUUCGAAGAGCCCGUCGUCCACCAGCAGAAAUCAUCGAUCCCGAUAUCGCCAAGCUCCAUGCUGCUGCGGCCGCCUCCCGUGCUAUGCACUCAAGUCAUCAACAUUCCCAUCAAUCAUCAGCUGAAUUGAAAUGCUCUUAUAACCGAGUUGGUGGACCUACCCAAGUCGCCAUUCCAAGACGGCGCCCAAAAUCCAGCCUUCAAUAUACCGACGACAGCACCUCAACAUAUGGAGCCCCCACCGUCCCCCCAUCCACUCCACUUCCAUUUGCCAGGGCCGAGAGUAUAUCUACAGUCAACGAUCGCGAAUUCUCUGCCGUCCUCCCACCACCCGCUGAGCCGAAUGGGUUGGAUGGUCGAGAUAGCUCUUACGCCACCUCUCCCCGUCGAGAUGCCAUGGAUCUCGAGCGCAGUCCCCAAUUUGCGCUGCCACGCACCAUGAGACAUACACCGUCCUUUAUACGGGCGAGUCCCUUCCAAAGUUCCCGUGCAAUUAGACACGCCAAAAGUCAAGAUACAGCCAUUCAGCUUGCUCGCGAUCAAUUCCUCGGAGAAACUGACCAUGCUGAAGCCCAGACGAGGCGUUCUUCGCUCUUCGUACAUCGACGCAGGCGGGAAAACAAACAGUUCCGCAAGACAUUCCGUGUGACAAGCGCGAGUAGCAUUGGCACCAAGCCGACUGAGAGACAUGGCAGACGACGAACCUUUUCAGCAUCUUUCAAGAACGGUCUCAAGCGGGUUUUUGGUUUAUCCAGGUCUGUCGAGCAACAAUCGAACCCCUCGGACGAAGCAGAUCCACCACUUCCGCCGGUGCCUAUCUCUUGCAAUGACAUCUCUGUCAACAAUUCCGUCCACGGAUAUGUGGAGUAUCGGGACGAUAUGGUCGGCGAAGUUGUGGAUGUAAUUGAUGAUGUUCAUUCCAGCCCAUUGCGUGUUCCACGAAUCUCCCCCAGUCGUGCCAGUCUCUGCACAUCCAAAUCACGCGUCACAAGUUGGGCAGAUUCGACGGUGGCCAACACUAUCACAGCUCGCAAACCUGGACAUCGGCAAUCCCUAUCUCUAAUCGAAGAGCAUGGGGACCUGAAUAAGCAAUUAGUGCAGAAUCCCUCUGGUGCAGCCGACCAGGCUUCGCCUACACCCAGAAAGUCUCCCGCCCGCAGGUUCAACGAUUGGGUUGAUAGUCAUGACUUGUACUCGGCAUUGAUGCAGCAGAUCGGACGGCAAAACGUGCAGAAUGCCGAAGAGGAAAUAAUUUUCGGUACUGUCCCAGAGCACCGUGCUGUCCAGGCGCGCACUUCCUCGGCAUUAUCGCGUCGCAGCAAAUACACGAUCCGCCGUGGCUGGAGACUCCUCCUCCCGCGGAAGAAUAUGAUUCGACCUCUUCAGUAUAUUCCAUCGUCGGCGACCUCUCGAAGAAUUCAAGGGCAAGAAAACCACACUUGGGGUCCCAAGGUCGGCGGAAAUUCAGCUCGCUCGCCCUGUGCACGCGGUGGGGAUUCGGACGACGAAACAGGUAGCGUGAUUGUUGUUCGCUAUGGAGGCGCAAGAAUGGGAGCUGUUUCCCCAAGUGUAUAUUCUCGAACGACGAACGGGGGCACGCCCACGGAGGAACUUGAAGUUACUGAGCCUCGAUAUGUGGCGGACGAGCCGGGAACAGCGACUAUAUUUACCUCUCAGAGAGCAGUAUACAAGUCACCAAGACGUUCUUCCAGCUCAUCACCCUUGAAAACUCAGGUGAAGCCGAGUUUGGACUGGCAGCAGUGGAUGAGCUCACAGAUUGAGAGAAUCGAAUCAACCAGCCCGACGCGAGAGCAUGUGAGAGAGGAUGCACAGUUUCAGGAAGAUGAUGAUGAGAUAUUCAUGGGCAUGAUGCGACGAGCACCUGGUCCCGGCCAAGAGUCGACUGCCAAGCCGUAUAUUACUAGUGAGCCGAAGCACAAUGACUCGCAGUCCAUUGAGGAGCCCAGAGUUGCUUCUCAAAAUAACUUUUCUCGUCCAUUCAGUCGAUCAUCCAGUGUGCAAACCAUUCUACCAUCUCAAACCAUUGAGCCCGGCAGCACAGUCAAGACUGCAUCCAAGCUUUCAGCAGUUGAUUCCAUUGCUGAUGUUCCAUCUCCACCGGUUCGGGUGCCAUCCGAUCGGACUCUAUCGCCAAUGCGAACGAGAACUGCGAAUUCACCAAGCAUACCAGAUUCACCAACUCCGCAGAGAGUGGUCCCUGAUCUACCGAAGCGGAAUCUGACACAGGAGCAGUACCGACGGUAUUCCGCUCGCCGGCCGAUAGCUAAUGGAAAGCCAAACUCAUUCCGCUCGAUGCGCGCCUACCGUGACUUUAAUGCGCUGAAUAACGAAAAUCAGUGGCAGAAGGAGGAUCACGAAAACAUGAUGGGUGAGUAUCACAAGAACCAGGAUGGUCCUCCUACUGUCUCCAGCAAACGCAUGGUGGAGCUGUUUUUGAACAGUCGGCGUCGCCCGGCGGAAAACGUGUUGGAUGGCAAUGCCCCCGGUGAGGCUUUCAUUUGA